UUUUGUUUAUGAUAUUUGCGCGUCUUCUGAUAUCCGAUUAUCAAGUUCGAAAUGCCGUGAAUGCCGCACGAAUUUCUUACCGAAGAUUUAACCCUUUUUCCGAUUACAUUUUAUUGUUCAAUCGACUAAAGUUCUUUCUCACCGAAUGAGACCAGCUAUUACACGUCCAAGCAGUCUGAAUUAUUUUAACCCCUGAAUCUCCUCAUAAUGGCACCCUACGGUGGUGGUGAUGAUGACAGGGACGAUUAUGAGAGUCGUGGCCCAAGAGGAACAAGAGUGUAUGUCGGUGGACUGAGUGAUGUCGUCAAGAAAGACGAUCUCCAAGCUGAAUUUGAAAAAUUCGGGAAACUCAACAGCGUUUGGGUCGCUUUCAACCCACCUGGUUUUGCCUUUGUUGAAUUCGCAGAACGCACCGAUGCUGAGGCUGCUUGUGACAGUAUGAACGACUACGAUCUAAUGGGCUCCAAGCUCCGAGUCGAAAUCUCCCGAGGCCGAGGUAGGGGACGUGGUGGUGGCCGAGGUGGACCACGCGGUAGAGGAGACUUCAGAGACAGCCGCGGAGGUGGAGGCUUCCGAGGUUCUCGAGGUGGUGGCUUCCGUGGAGGCCGCGACAGCUUCGGAAGCAGAGGUGGUGGCCGAGGUGGCGGUCGCUACGGAGAUGACUACGAAGACAGAAGAGGCUCUUCCAGCUUCCGAGGAGGAAGAGACUCAAGAGAUUCCUAUGGUUCAGGAGGAAGGAGUUAUGGAGGAGGUGGCGGUGGAUACCGAGGCGGCAAAGAUUCGUCCAGGUUCCGAUCUCGCUCACCCGUCGGCCGCGGAAGCUCCGGGCGUGACUCCUACGGCGGAAACAGUUAUGGAGGCGACGGUGGUUUUGGCCGAUCAAGUUCUUACUCACGCAGCGGCUACGGCGGUGGUGCCCCAUAUUAAAAGACACCAGUUUACAGUAUUACGUAAGUCUUCGCCGCAAUGACGCUGAGAUGUUUCAGCCAUGCUUCAGCCCUCACGAAAACUCAUUAGGCAGUCGUCGUACAUCGUAUCAGAAAAUCUCUCAUUUCUUGUGAGGCUGGCUACAAUAUUUUUAAACUAUUUUAAGCUUAACUUAGGUUCCUUUCUGAAUCGCCCUCAAUGAUUUUAUUUGCUAGUUUUCAACUGCUUCUCUCAUUUUUAUGACAAAAUGUUCUCGCACUAUUAACACUGGAAAGUCAUUUUGCUAAUGAUUACCAACUUCUUUUGACUGACAAAUCUCUCCUGAUUAAUGAAGAAGAGAUUCAUUUGCCGGAAUGAAUUAAAGAAAAUAUGUCUCCCAAUUGCUCUGUGUCUUCCCCUACCUAGUUGUGAUAUCGUCAGUCUAAAGUUGUCGUUAAUUAUUCGUGAAGUGAUCCUCCCAUUUUUUGUGUAUCUUAGCUGUACUUAACCUUCACCAAGGCUCAGAGUUAAAAGACUCACUCAGCACUGAUGUAACCUCUGGUGACAUAUUCAUGUUCACCAUUUUCCUCUCCAGUGUACUCAUGGAAUUUAUCUAAGAGAAUUUUGAAGAAGAGACUGUUAGCACUGAAACAUAGUCAGGAUGUUCCCUCCUGGACCUCUUUUUUUUUACUCAAUAUUUAUACCUCAUGUACUCUCUGAAUGUUUUUGUUCCCUAGUAUUCACGGUUUCCGAGUCCAGCUGACCUGGUUCAUUAUCCUCUAUCAUCCACAUUUUGUACGUUCAUCAUUGGUUUAAUUUCUUUUUAUUUUCUUCUCAGUAGUUGAUGUAUUGUAUCAAAUUCUUUUUUUCCUUCUAUCCCUGUAACAGAUUAAUGAUAGCCUGAGGGAAACACAAGCCCAGUGGUAUUAGCUUCUGUCUUAGUCAUUACUCAUUUGCAAGGAGCUUAAAUGACUUGUGCCAACCGUGUGUUUAGUUUAUUAAGGAUAUCGCAUUAUGACUGCAACAUGGAAUCUUCAGUUUUGUCAUUGAUAGUAUUUAAAAGCAUCUUCAAGCAAAUUACUCAAACAGUUGCGGCCAAUGAAUGUUGGUAACUAAAUCAUUUUGCAAUGUCCUGGAUAUCAUGGUGCAUACCUCAUGCUUUAAUUCUAUCCUUCUUGGGUUGAUUUUUGAGAUGUUUUGUGAUGUCUCCUUCCUUAAAUCUUGCCUUUGAUUUUUGUCAAAUUUUGACUCCAAGAGAUCUUCGGUAGCCGCCUGAUAAGCCUCCAUAACUAUCAAGUGACUUUUUGGCAUGGUAUCAUUCUAGAUAUUUCCAGCAACUGUUAAUUCUGCACUAUCGUCCCGGUCCUGAAGUUUUGGACUCUGGUAUGUUUCAAAAAAAUUCAAAACUCUUUUCAGGAACUCUUAAUAACACGUUUUUCAUUUUCUCAUGCAAUUUUUGUUUCAAAAUUUUGCCCUCUAUUGUAACUUGAGUGUUACUGUUGGAUCUUGGUGGUUGCCAUCUAGCUGGGAAAAUAUAAUGUUCCAUCGCAAUUUGAAUUUAUCAAAUGAGGUAUCUAGAAUGCUAUCGAUUUAGUUGUGGACAGAUGCUAGGAGGUUUAUUAAUUUCUCAAAGAUAAACUUUAAUUCACGCAGCGCUGACUCAAGACCCAAGAAGUUUCAUUUUUUAGUGGUUGUCACUUAAUUUUUGCAAUGAGAUUAUAUUAUUCAUAAGUCAAUAAGUUUUUUGUUGACAAUAAGAAUGUGAAUAUUUAUCAAUUCUGAGAGCCAUCAAGAGAAUGCAAUGUUUCUAUUUUCUCAAAAUUUCGUCUCUCAUGACGUUCAAACUUUUUUCACUGGCUAGACAAAUACAUGUAGACUCUUAUACCUAUUUAUUUUUUCCUUAUGUAGUCUUUGUUCUGUUUCCUAAGUUUUUUUUACCGUUUUUAUAAUUGAAUUAAAACAUUCUUUGAUUGUAGAAAAAUUUGACCUCUCUUCUCAAUAAUAAAACCAUCCAUUUACAA